CGCUGGUGACACAAUCGAUUUCUCGCUUAACGAAUAACGGCCAUUGGAAGUGAGCGUGUGCGCCAGCCCCUAAAAUUGCUUCACGUAUUCUGAUUGGUCGCUGAAAGUUCUUAUACCACGAACUGUUUUGCAAAUCUUCAGUUGUCAAUCAGCAAGUCCACAGGAAAUAGAGUAUGAAUAAUUGUGUGUCAACUUUCUGCACAACCAGUUACCACGGGUACCAACUUUGGAACCCUAGUAGCACCAAGUUUUCUUUUUAUGACGAUUUUAGAGAAGAAUAUUAGAUCAACCUUUUUCUGUUCGGGACUUGCAAGGGUGGCUGCCAGCUUUUCAGUUGCACUGGCUUGAUUGAACAGUUUUUAUCGCCACUCAUCUACUGCUUGUUGUUUGACUUCUCUGCUUGAGCCAUGAAGAUGGAGAAAGAUCUGCCUCUGGGUUACACGGCGCUCACUGCCGGGGUUUCGGCUUGUGUUGCUGACUUGGUCACCUUCCCGCUCGACACGGCCAAGGUUCGCCUGCAGAUUCAAGGAGAAGGGAGGCCAUUGGUGACCAUUGCUCAUGACAAUGCCUUGUUGUUGCGUGGCUACUCACCAAAAUACCAAGGAGUCGUUGGUACCAUAACCACCAUUGCUCGGCAAGAGGGUGCUAAGAGUCUGUACAACGGCCUCUCGGCUGGCCUCCAGCGCCAGAUGUGUUUUGCCUCCGUUCGUCUCGGAUUCUACGAUUCCUUCAAGAACAUAUACCUGCGACUUUUGGACGGAGAGAAGAAGGUUAACGGUGGAGUCCAUGUCGCGGCUUGUGUGGCAUCUGGCAUAACCACGGGAGCCCUGUGCGUUCUCAUUGCCCAGCCGACGGACGUGGUCAAGGUGCGGUUCCAGGCUCAGCAGAGGACCACUAGUGGGGUCAAGCGCUAUACCUCCACCAUGCAGGCGUACCGGUUGAUAGGGCGUGAAGAAGGCAUUGCUGGUCUGUGGAAAGGAACAUUCCCAAAUGUGGGGAGAAACGCCAUCAUUAACGUGUCUGAAAUUGUAUGUUACGACAUCAUCAAGAACAUGAUCCUUUCUCAUAGACUCAUGGAUGACUCCAUUCCAUGUCACUUCACUUCUGCAGUUUUUGCUGGUCUGUGCAGCACUGUGAUGGCGUCUCCGGUGGAUGUUGUGAAGACUCGCUACAUGAACUCUGCCCCUGGGGAGUACAAGGGUGCCAUUGAGUGUGCAGUCCGUAUGUUCACCCAGGAGGGAGCCCAGUCGUUCUACAAGGGGUUUGUGCCCUCUUUCUACCGCCUGGUCAGCUGGAACGUUGUGCUGUGGAUCACCUAUGAGCAGUUGAAGAGGAGUGUGAGCUAUGCUUACACUGAGCAUGUCGGUUAAGACUUCUUCUUUAAUGGGCAGUACAUAAUAAAGAUGUGAGAUAUCCCUGUUUUUUUUUUUGUGCCAAUAACUUGGUAAAAUUUCUUUCAUUAUUGAGAGAAACAUAAAAUAAACUUUACCCGUUUUGGAUUUUUAGUGGAAUUAAUUGCCAAAACCAGUUCAUUUACUGAUUAAAAUAUUUGUAUUUCUUUGUUUGCAUGCUGUCUUUGGCAGUAAAAAUUUUUGGUUUUAACCCUGUUUGAAAUAUUUCCAUUUGUUAGGGUGCUUAAAUUUAGUUACUGUUUGUAAAUUUUCAAACAUGUUUGUAAAUAAUUAGUCAACUUUUACGCACUAUUUGUACAUGGGAAUGUGCAUUUUUUUCCUUAUGAUUUCUGUAGGGAAAGUGGAGUGAUUUUACAACUAUGAAAUGAAUGUACUGUGCCAUUUGCAGGGAAGUCAAAUAACGUAGUAGAUGUGGCAGAUUUAUUGUGCCAUUUAUUAUUUGUGAUAGUUCAUUCCAAGAUUUUUAAUGUUCUAAAAAUUAAUGUUGCAAAAAAACUAAUUACAUACUUAGAUAUGUCAUUUGUAGUAGCCACUGCAAUGGGAAACAUAAUACAUCUGCACAUAAAGAAUUCUGUUGCUACAUAUAUGUUGGUAUGAUAAAUAGGUUGUCUUUUAAAGAAAAUAUGACCACAAGAAAUAUUGAUGUUCUGGUAAAUAGCAAAUUCUAUAUUAGUGUUGUGUGAUUCAGUAAUUCAUAUGAAGUACAUACAUAUUCAGUUUUUACACUUAAAAGUUUUUCUUAGAAAAAAUUAAAAAAAAAAAGUUAAAAAAAAUCAUGUUUAUUUUUGGCAUGUUUUCCUUUUUGUAUUCAUUUAAAAAGACAGUGAAUUUUUAGUAUUAGGUAUGUGCAUGGUAAUUUUUGAAGUUUUAAAAAUUUGCUCUUAAAAAAAUUUUGGUUUACUCGACCAUUAAUUUUAUCCUCACAAGUAUUUUUUUAUUUUUAUUCAGUAUAUAAUGAAUGCUCUAAGGAUUAAUUUCUGGGAUUAUUCAAAAUCUCCACUUUAAUGAUUCUUUAAGUAAUUUUAUAGUGAAAGUAAGCAGUAAGCAAGCUUGUAUUUAUGAUUUGAAUAUGGUGCAAAGUAACAUUAAGCACAAAAUUGUAGCCUAUCUACUUUCAUUCAACAUGUUUAUUUAGUAUGAUUGUUUCACUUUUCAGAAAUAAGGUUCAAGUUUGUAUUAACUAUUUAUUAACAUAAAGUAACUUGGUAUGGCCUUACUUUGAUUUAGCAUUCAACUUAGCCACCUGAGCAAGUCUUUGUAAUAUACAUUUGUCAAAACUUACCUAUUUUAUUUUUUCAGCCUGAGAUUCUUUAAUGUAAAUAAUAGUUGAGAUAUCAGUGAUAAAACCUCGCUGGCAGAAUUUAUAAUAAAUACCUGCAAGCAAAUCUUUAGGUAUUAUACUAACGUGGGUUCCUGUGUACAAGAGGAGUACGAAUUGUUGAAUAAACCUCAUUUUAUUGUAAUAUUUUAUUUUUAUGUCGUUUUUUAAGAUAACAUUAAAGGAGACUGCUUAUAACUUCUGCAGAAAAUAAAUGAUUGUGAUGUGAUUGUA